AUGUUCAUCGGAGGUCUCAACUGGGAGACGACAGACCAAUCGCUCAAGGACUACUUCUCACAAUUCGGCGAAGUUGUUGAGUGCACUGUCAUGCGAGAUGGCGCAACAGGUCGCUCUCGCGGUUUCGGCUUCCUUACAUUUAAAGACCCCAAGACUGUCAAUACGGUUAUGGUGAAGGAGCAUCAACUCGACGGAAAGCUGAUCGAUCCAAAACGUGCAAUCCCACGAGACGAGCAGGAGAAGACCGCCAAGAUCUUCGUUGGAGGUGUCAGCCAAGAUGCGACUGAAAGCGACUUCAAGGAGUUCUUCAUGAAGUUCGGCCGUGUGCUCGAUGCGACCCUUAUGAUGGACAAAGACACCGGCAGACCACGUGGAUUCGGCUUCGUCACUUUCGACAACGAGAUGGCUGUUGAGCGUACCCUCGAAGGACCUCUCGCCAUUCUCGGCAAGCCAAUCGAAGUGAAGCGCGCCCAGCCACGAGGCAAGAUGGGCGAAGAGGAGAAUCAAGGCAACAAGUUCGGCCGCGGUGGCAAAGGCGGAAACCAGCAAUGGGGCAACGGCAGCAACUUCAACCCAAACCAGAUGGCGCAGAAUGGCGGUGGUGGAGGUGGAGGUGGAGCCGGAGAUGGGAACCAGAUGACACCCGCGAUGAUGGCCCAGUACUGGCAGAAGAUGCAGCAGUACUUCCAAAUGAUGCAAGCUCAGCAAAGCAUGGGCGGCAACAUGAUGGGCGGCAUGGGUGGUAUGAACCCAGCCAUGAUGCAGCAGAUGAUGGCUCGUCAAGGCGGCGGUAUGAACCCGCAGAUGAUGCAGCAGAUGGCGUCGAUGCAAGGCUACCCAGGAGGCAUGCAAGGCGGCGACUCCCCCGUCCAGGGUGGUCAAGGAGGAGGCAACGGACAAGGCGGCUCUGGCGCCGCAGGCCAAGGCUUCAACGCCCAAGAGCAACUCAUGUUCGAGCAGCAAAAGUACGAACGCCAACAGAUGGCCCGCAUGCAGCAGCAGAACUUCAGCAACCAGAACACGUGGGACGGGAUGUACGACGAUGUGCCCGCGCCGGCUGGAUUGCAGCAGGGUGUUGGUGGCCGCGGUGGCUUCCGUGGUGGUCGUGGCGGAGGAGCGAACCGGCCUCCAGCUGCUCCGCCUGGUCAGGCUCCUGCGAAUGCGCCGACUGGUCCUAAGAAUGCUGGGAAGCCUGGCGCGAAUUACCGCGGUGGUGGUAGGGGUGGUCAUCGGGGGUUCCAUCCGUAUGCCAGGGGUGGCGGAUAG